GUUUACUUAAGAGCAUAUGCUUGGCUACGUGCUUGUCACCGUUAGACUGAAAUGUUCAGUGUUUCAGUUAAUUCGUUAAUUAUUAUACUGUUUGAUUCAGUUCAUACAGUCUAUUAAAGUGACAGGUGCAUUCUUCCAGAUUUACCGUAGGCAAUAUGUAAAACGAAUGUAGGCCUAAACUAAAAUGGCUUUACGAAUUUCUUAAAUAAUUGAUUAAACUCCAUGGACCUCCCACAUGACUCCCCAGGUUAGUGCACAGAGAUGCGGUCUAGCUUUACGUUUUUGUGCCAGCUUUAUAGCCGCUAGAGGGCGCUAGACUAUCACACUGCAGACACUGUAAGGCCAAACGUUAAACUGUAACACAUUAAAUUGUAACACAUUAAAAUGUAACACAUUAAGUGGCCAUGCCUUAAUCUUAAUUUCAAUCAUUUAUGUACCUUUGUAUGGUCAAACAUAGUGAAUUUGAUCAUGACCAAGUUCAGAAUACGCUGCAGGAUUUUCUCUUACACUUGUACUGCCAAACUAAUAUUAAAAAAAACCCCACCAACAAACAUAAAACCCCCGCAUUAACCUCUGAAAAACCGAUCCGGUGUGGAAGUCUGUUUGGAGCGUGACGGAGGGAAGGCGGGGGUGCUCGUGGCGUAAGAGCGCAGGGCGUUGUGGGAGUCCAGCCCCUCGCGGACCUUCGCCUGCACGUUACCGAGCGUGGCGCGUGCAGUCUCGGUGAGCGCGGUCGCCGUGAGCGUGGCGAGGGAAAACCGAGUAACGGAACAUACCGGCGUAGUCGUCACUAAAUCCGUUUAGUCUGGAGCGUGGCCACGACACGUCGGGAUCGAGCUACGAGCCCCUGAUGGAAAAUCCGUGCUGGAUAUCUCCUACUGGAAGAAACCAAAGAGGGAUUAAAUAGCAACACCUACAAAGAUUUCUUGUCUGUUCCAUUUCUCAUUUUUAAAAGAGAAGGGGUGAGAGACAAAAUCCCCCCCCCCGAGCCAGAUUUCCAAUGUCCCAGGGACAGCAUAAGAACUCUCUGGGGACUCGACUGCUGAGUGUGUACUGUCCAGUCACUCCUAGCCCACCCAUCGUUGAGACACCCCUGCUCCAACUCAACCCUUCUCAGCAAUGAAGGAGGUGGGGCUCUGGUCAGUGACAGAGGUAUCUGAUUGGCUGGCUGAGGAGGGUAUGCCAGAAUAUUCUGAGGUCCUCAGAAAUGUGGAUGGUCGUGCGCUCCUGCAACUCUCUGAAUCAGACUUCCGGAAUUCUCCACUGGCACUGGUUACUGGUGACAACGGCCACCAGCUGCUGGAGCGUGUGGAGAUGUUGCGCAUCGCCAGCCACAUGUAUACGAGCGGUCACAAUGGUAACGGACACCAUGCCAAUGCACAUGUUGGUGACGGCUCCAUUAGUAAUGGAAAGAUCCCGAGUGGGGAGCUGAUGAACGGUUCCUGCUCGGAGCCUGUCCGUAUCCACAUCCCACUGCCCUCCGAGCACGAACGCUCGCCUUUCCCUACAGAAUGGUCCAAGACUGCCGUGGCCUUCCUGUACGCCCUGUGCUGCUUUAUCACAACAACCGUGGUUAUUUCCGUGGUCCAUGAACGAGUCCCGCCCAAAGAGGUCUCUCCACCCCUGCCAGAUAAGUUCUUUGACAUGUUUGAGCGUGUGCAGUGGGCCUUCUCCAUCUGCGAAAUCAACGGCAUGCUGCUCGUGGGUGUGUGGUUUGUACAGUGGCUUCUGCUUAAACACAGGUCCAUCGUUGGUCGCCGCUUCUUUUUCAUUGUGGGCACGAUGUACCUGUACAGGUGCGUGACCAUGUACGUCACCACCUUACCUGUUCCAGGAAUGCACUUCCAGUGCUCGCCCAAGCUCUUUGGGGAUUGGGAGGCCCAGCUGAGGCGUAUUAUGAAGAUGAUUUCUGGUGGUGGCCUGUCCAUAACAGGAUCUCACACCAUGUGUGGGGACUAUCUGUACAGCGGACACACCGUGAUGCUAACUUUAACAUACCUCUUCAUUAAAGAGUAUUCUCCGCGGCGGUGUUGGUGGUAUCACUGGAUGUGUCUGUGCCUGAGUGCUGUUGGGAUCUUCUGCAUCUUGCUGGCCCACGAUCACUACACCGUGGACGUGGUGGUUGCCUACUUCCUCACCACACGCUUCUUCUGGUGGUACCACACAAUGGCCAAUCAGCAGUUUCUGAAGCAGAGUUCCCAGGGGAACCUAUUUUCCCGGGUCUGGUGGUUCCGCCUCUUCCGAUAUUUUGAGCAGAAUGUUCAGGGCAUCGUCCCUCGCAACUAUCAGCUGCCGUUGCCGUUGCCAUGGCGCUUUUUACCACGGAGCCGGGUAACAUACAGCCGGCUGGACUCCCACUGACCUGGCUGCGUGUGAUUGGAUGGAGCUCUAUGAGACUCUGAGAAGGAGAGAGGGGACUCCGUUUCCCAUCAACCCCUAUAUGACUGUCUGAGCACUGUGACGCAUAUAUUCCACAUUAUUCCAUAUUUUUUGUGUGUGAAUUUUCUUUUUAAACAAUUCACUUUCAGUAAAAGACAGUGUAUGAGGUGCACAGCUUUAGACAUCCAGACAACAUUGUAUCACCAAAAUAUUAACUUUAAUAUAUACCGGUAUAUGUUAUACCAAGAUAUAUUAUAUAUUUAUAUUAUUUGGUAUAAGGCAGCACUUUCUGAUACAGUAGCAAGUCUGAAUAUUUAAGCCUAAGGACAACACAGUCGGACAACUUAAGGCUAAUUAACCACCAGUGCGCUGAAGUACGCUCCUACUCCUUCUUCAUUUUUAUUUUAUUUUAUUUUUUUAAAUAAUCAUACUAAUUGUGGUAAAAAUGCAAUUUUUCUAAACAAUUCCUCAGAUUUGUUAUCCAGCUAUAGGAUGUUUUUAGUUUUGUAUUGUUGUAAACUGGAGCAUGUCCAGUCACUAUUUCUGCAGUGCCUUCCUCCUGAGCGAUUGUACGACGCCCAAAAUCUGGCGGAACAGCAACCACGCGCCUCAGUAUCAUCAGAAUAACGUCAUAUCUAUAUUCACAAAUGUGCGGGUUUUUUUGUCAGUCCGAAUGUUCCUGUUACUGUUACUGAAUUGACUGUAAUCACAGGGAAACUUAAUAGAUCGGUUAGAAUGUAUGUGAAAGGUCAAUUCCACCUUACUUGAGUCUUCAAAACCAAAAUACUUAAUGCGCAGAGAGUGAUCUUGAAUGCGCAGAGAGUGAUCUUGAAUGCGCAGAGAGUAGACUUGAAUGCACAGGCCUUUAUUAGCAAUUCAGAUUGAGUGUUUUAUUACUUUCAGGCAUUCUCUGUGUACCGUCCUGCUGCCCACCUUGUUCAGGAGUAAAAGGAGAGGAAGUCACAGGAAAUGACAGCGAGGAAACAGCAUGUUUCUGCUUUACAUUAUUGUAAAGGAAUGUUGCAGAUGUCACACUCAGUUGUUUGAGUCUGCCAGGCUGAGACCCUCGUGGUUCACCCUCCAUGCUUAUCUUGCCCACUGCAGCCUGUCGCAGCUUGCUGGGAUGGGUGAGCCCUGUACUUGAACGAUGACGUGCAGUUUAGCGAUGACUUGCAGAGCUGUUGGAACCACCGCCUAGCAUGUAACGUACCGAUCGCCCGGAGCACAGAAGGACCGUCUGGGACAGCAAGCCAGCCAUGUGGUUGUGCCUAGUCAGAUACAGAGCCUUUCAUGCCUGAUUCUUGGAAGUGUUUUCGGGACAUGACUGUACACGCUUUACACCGUAAGAUGCUGUGGGUGUUUAUGUGGUCAGAGAGGUUUCAUUGUUGUGGCUGGGCGUCUCAGGAUGGUGAUGACCUGAAAUGUUUUUAAUGGUAAUGUUUCAGGUUAAGAGCUGAAGUUUCCUCUUUCAUCUGUUGGAGGUGAAGAUUCUAACAGCUCUGAGUGCUUUAUUUAUGUUUGUAUUUAUCCAAAUCAGUAAUUGGAGCCACAGUGGCAUGGGUGAGACAAGCCAUUCACGUGGCUCCACAUUCCAACCCAAGAAGAACAUGUUACACUUGAAUGUCGUCAUAAAGGUCAAAGGUGCCAAGGGUUUAUGUUUGUUGCACAAAUCUACAUGGAGUAUUAUGUGUUUGACGUCAGUUUUCAGGGUAAAUGAUGUAUCGGGAUGGGUGGGGUCAGAUCAGGACAUCCUUUCCAAGAUAAUUAGACACCAGUAGUCUUUCCAGUUCUGCAUUUAAAGCCAAAAAUAGUGUGAGAGAUUGCCAGAGGCUGUUUUGACGGAAAUCUUUAAGGUAUAGGGUUGGGAGUUUAUGCCCACACCUUAAUAAAUGAUCUCUUGUUAUAGUUCAUUGUCAUGCGUGGGGCAUAGUCUUGCCACUCUGCAGUUUCUUAUUGGAGUUGAACACACAAAACCCCCAUAAUUCUCUCUUUUAAACACAGUCAUGUCUUUUUUAAAUGUUCUACUACAGGAUAACACAAAGGUGCCCACCACAGAAUACCACAGAAUAGAAUAUCACAGAUUAUCACACAAUAAAAUACCAUAGAAUACCACAGAAGACUUUACCGAGCUUUCUGUCAGGUUCUAUUGGCUUUAUUUGUGUAGAUGUAUAUGAAUGGUUGGUUUGUGGCAAGUACUAGUAGUUCCAUAAAUGAAACAUAGCCAAACUUUAUGAAUAAAUGUGAUAUACACAAAGAUAUAGGAGACUAUACUGUAAGAUCUUUAUUUUCAGACAGCAUGUUCGUUUUGGCUUUUAAAAAGCUUCAAACUGGUUCCAUGUGCAGUUCUAAAUGCUGGGUAGAACUUUUGACUAAGGAAGGGUUUGAAGUCUGGUUUUCAGAGUGAUGAAAAGCGCCAGUACUGACUACAGGUCAAACUCGCUUGUGUAAAGAGUAAUCUUUUUUUUUUUGUUGUUUUUUUUGACUAUUUAUUGCAGACUAAAACUACAUUUUGGAUAUUACUCUGUGUUAUAAGUUAAAAUUUAAAUCUGUGUGGCAGUCUUCCUCACUGGGGUUUAGGUGUUUCCUGAAAGUGAAACAGCUUGUGAUGCGCUGAUGAAAGACCUCUUCAUGAAUGUUGGGAGUUUCAGCUCUUGGCUAGAAGAGAAUUUAUCCAAAUAUUGAACUUUGGUAUGCUACAAAUUCCCCCAAAGUCCCAACUCCCAGCAUUGCUGAACAGGGGUUCUCACCCUUCCUGGUUGUGAACUGAGACGGAGCAAAAGUGUGAACCACGUGUCCCUGAGGACAGGGUGUGGGGACAUUGACGGUAUAACUGCCCUUCAUUCCUGAGGUUGGUCAGGCAGUGUAAUUGUGAAGUUGGCCAAGUGGUGGAUGGACACUCCACACUCAGAAGGUUAUGAGGCACUAAACACUGCAGCUCUGCAUACAUACUGGCAUAGCCAGUUAUAACGCUCAACACCGACUGGAUCCUGAGACAUGACUGAAACCAGUAACUGGGGGAAAGGGGUGUUUCCUUGGUGACACUGCUUGAUUGCCAAAUCAUAGGGAUUUGAAUGGGACAGUGUCCGAGAACGUCCUAUGUGGACAUGUUUAGCAGUGAAGACAGAUGUCUGCUGUCAAUUAAGCAUAAUGACAAAAUGACACUAUUUUCUUUAAACUGAAUUAAAUGUAAGCAUGUAUGAUUUUUAUAUGUGGAUCAACACAAUUACUUAUCUUCAUUAUUUGUGUAAACCUGUUUGUGCCGAUCAAUCCUAAAGUGAACUGGAGAUGGGGGUGAAGUUUGAAUAAAACCUUUUAUUCUGUA